AUGACGCUCAUCCGUCUCACAGACACUCGUUCCCCAGAACAAUCAUUUUCAGCUCACGAAUCCAAAAUGUCCAACUCUCGCCAGUCCAUGUGUCAACCCGAGCGAAGGGGCGAUGAUCAGCCUACAGUCCCUCGUCAGGCUCGGACUACUCCGAGAGAAGUGCCUGAUAAAGCUACAGCGAAAGCACGCAUCAUGCCCUUUGCUCUUAGCACCAUUUUCCCUCUCACAAAGCACUCGCAGCCUUAUAUUUCCCCCGACUUCCUCAAGGCAUUUCCCAAUAUCAAGGUUUGCCGCGAUAAGCUGUCCUUUGACGAUGGAACUCUUCCACCCGCGUAUGAGCAGUUUCUCCAACCCCUCCCCCGGGAUCAUGUGGAAAAACUCCUACGUCAUACACAACCUUGGCGUGACGAUGGGGUCCUUAGCGAUUUCAUACCUGAUGAGACUAUCAAAAAUCUAAUCAUACCUUUACCUUUUUCGACAUCAGACCGAUGGGGUGAUAAUUUCCAAGACGCGCGAGCUCUUUGGAGGGCCCUCGACGAGCACAUGGGACGCAACGGAACGGGCGAUCCGGAACAGAAAACUAUCAUAAAGAACUACACAUAUUGGAAAUUUUUCAGAGAGGACUGCUUAUCGACAAGUGAAAUGCAAAGCGUGUUAUGGCUAGCUAGCGAGGCCGCAACUGAUCCAGCCUACAUGCAACAUUGGGUUUUCCCUGUGACGAUUGUGUCUGCGUGCAUGUUCAACGUUCGAAUUGUUCAGGCCAUUGUACGCUUGGGCUCCAACACGGUCGAGAUUCGUAAAUCGGACAUUAUGGACCUUUCUCCAGGUCUUACCGAUGAAGCAACCCAAGACCGCUUCAGGAGGCUGCUGGCGUGGCUUCUCGGCACUCCAAUGGGGAACACGACAACAAAGUCUUGA